AUGGAAGAAGCUUCGCGUGGUGUUCGCGACAGCACCGAUAACACGACCUCGUCCGCCAUUCCCUCCACCGCUCCGUCGGCCCCCCAGUCGCAAACGCACUCGACCCCGACCCCGACCCCCUCAGCCCCUCCAAGCAUUGGUCCCUCCGAGACGACAUCCACGACGACGUCGACGACGACAAAUACCGGCCCUGCUGCCCCAAACCCGGCAUCCAAGAGACGAAGGGGUCUGGGUGUUGUGACGCCGAACGCGUGUACCGAGUGCAGAAAGAAGCGAGCAAAGUGCGAUGGCCAGAGGCCGUGCAGUCGUUGUAAGUCGCAGAAAGACCCGCAAUGUAUAUACGAAAUACCCGUCCGUCAGUCGAAAGAGGACCUUCGAACCGAGCUCGAGCAGCUGCGCCAGCGUCAACGAACCAGCGACCAGGUUUUCGCUGCCCUCGCGCGGUCCGACGCGUGGGAGGAGAUCCUGCGGCGCUUGCGCGGGGGGCAAUCCAUUGACUCGAUAUCGGAAUGGCUCGGUGGAACCCUACCGUCCGGCGGUGGUGCCGUGCCCUCCUUCGUCGCGGCCGGGUCGGGGACCUCUCCCAUGGGAAAUCUCUCCCCGUUCCCAACUGCGGCAUCUGCGCCGUCUCCCAUUGCCAUUGCCACCAUGAGGCUGGGGGCAACGGCCGUGGCCACCCUCGAUCCGAUGCAGGCUCAGCAGUCCGGAAUUCCGCCCCAGAACAUGAACCAGAGUGACGCCUGGCAUUUUCCCACCAGCGCCACGCGGGACACAUGUCAAGGCGACCCGAUGAAUUGGACCACCGAUCUGAACAGGCCGCCUCAGAACCGGGUCGGGUUCUGGGGCAACGCGAUGAACACAGACCAGAGCGAUAGCACCUAUCGAGGUCUCGACCAGGUGCUGGGGUCAUCGAACGUCGCUCAGGCUCGAGCCCCCUCAACCACAUGGACCAACAUCACGACAGAUGCCUUUCUCGUCCAGCACCUGUUAGCCCUGUAUUUCUGCUGGGAAUACCCCACAUUCGCCUCCUUGAGCAAAGAGCAUUUCCUGAAGGAUUUCCAGGAAGGGAGGCCUCGGUUCUGCUCCUCGAUUCUCGUCAACGCCCUUCUUGCGCUGGGCUGCCGCUUUUCAACCAAGUCGAGCACCCGCGCCGACCCCAACGACCCGUACACCUCGGGCGACCACUUCUUCAAGGAGUGCCAACGCCUCUUCUACCUGGAGGAGGAUCACCACUCCCUCACCACCAUCCAGGCCCUGGGCAUCAUGUCUAUAAGGGAGGCCAGCUGCGGGAGGGAUUCCGAAAGCUGGUAUUAUGCGGGCCAGAGCAUCCGCCUGGCCAUCGAAAUGGGACUCCACCAGCUCCAAAUGCACGGAGGGACGGACGAGGACGAGCUUGCGGUCCAGGCCGCGACCUUCUGGGGCGCAUUUGCUCUGGACCACAUGUAUUAUCAUUUCGCCAUCCUAUUAAUGUUCCGGCCUCUGAUCAAACUGAGAAUCAUCGGGUCCAAAGUACUGCCACGGGACGUGUGUUUCCAGGCGGCAGACGCAAUCCAAGGCUUGCUAAGGUCGCAUGCGCAGCUCUAUACUCUUCGGCGGACACCGUCAUUUGUCCCCUACUUCGUUUUGACGUCCUCUAUCAUGCAUUUGGCGUUAGGCGCAUCGGCUAGGUCGCCUCAAAAGGAUCCAGGGGACUUGAACUUGAUGGGACAGCCACCUGGAGAGACGCAAACAGUCGACCCGCGGGUAGCCAAAGCCAUCAAGCAAGGAGUGGAAGAUUUAAAGGAAAUGUCGCCGUGCCAUUAUUUCGCGGAGCAGGCUCUUAAUAUUCUCCGGUACCUCGCGCAUGCGUGGAAUAUCGACGUGGACAUGGGAGACGACCCAAUGCCCCCCGAGGAGUACACGGAUAAGGUCAGGUUCUACACUUCGAGCCUCAACUUCUUCACCCCGAACGUCCGCGAAGAGGAUUUUGUGUGCAUCUGGGGAUCAGACGGGACGAAGGAGUCGGGAGCUAAGAGAGAGGCACAGCAACAUGUGGCCGAGACGGCGGCCAAGAUGGGGAACCCGCUCUUUUGGCCUUUCCCCAUGCACGGGCGGCCUAUCCUGCCGAGUGGGAACGAGCUGGCGGCAUCCGGACGACCACCGGCCAAGGCCGGGCGUCCAUCACGAACCUCUGCUGUGGGCAACAUCUUCUCUCUGCCGCCGCGAUGGCUUCAGUCCUACGACGACUUCAUCACCAAAAACGCUAGCCAAGUGUCGCAAAUAGAAUCGGGCUUGCGAUCGCUAACCUACGUCAUUCCCGGACGCUUCCGCGAUGCCGAGCUGGCGUCCGAAACCAUUCACUCGAGCGUGCAACUAUUAUCUCUCUACCACGACACCCUCCUCAUGCGAGCCCUCUCCCGCCUCCCCAUCUCAAGGAUACCAUCACCGCACGGCCGAUACACCAAGUUCUGGUCCCAACGCAGCCCCGUGUACCGGAGGAUAGCAUUGCUCUUACAGAUGGUCACGUACACCCAGCUCUUGUGCGAAAUGGCGGCGAAGAGGAAAGGCGGGGAGCGGCAGCGGUGGCGCGUUGUUGUCUUGCUCGAGGCCAUCAAGGCCUUUUGCCGGUUGCUUCUGCUACGCAUUACUCGAGUGCGACCUCUCGUUACGCCGGUGCUCCCCGAGCGUGAACCGAUUCCUGAGGAGGCGGACGAGAACGCCGGUGCGGAGCUGAACGAACUGAUAGGCGCCACAUCGGACGACAAUGACAAUGACCAUGCGGCGGAAGCUGACACCGACGCGGUCAAACCCCACGAGAAGGAGUGGCCCAUGCCUCGAACGGGAAUGAGCCUCCCGUCGCUGCCAAAGCCUGACGACAUCAGCGGCUACCUGCUGAGCAAGGUAUUGACGGCCGAUGAUAUUAAACCGGCUCCCAAGCUUCUGAACCAGGCUCAGGGAUCGGCGCAGGCUGCGGAGGUGCUUCAUAUUCUGGCGCCGUUGGUGUACGCUAUCGCCCUCGCGCGGUCCAAGAACAAGCACGCCUGGACACCAUGGCUCAUGGGGUUAAGCGUCGAGUAUGUGGCACGUCAGCUGCGGGUCCGCGACUUCCGAACCACACCGCUAGAAAGGGAGGAAUGGAACAAGAGGGGUUGGGCGAUGGGCUGGUGGGCGAUGCGGGGAGCAUUCUACGACAGGGUCACCAAGGGGUUCGUCGAGGGACUCCGGUCCCGCGUUCCCAGCCUCGUGGGGGGCAUUCUGGAAGAUUACGAGUACCUGUGGGAAAACUACUACUUCAGUACCAGCGCGUAA